AUGUCCUGGAAACUCACCAAGAAGCUGAAAGAGACGCACCUUGGCUUCUCCCGCUCCUCCUCCCAGUCCACCAUCACUCCUGAAGCGCCCCAGAAAUCGCCUGCGUCCGAACCCCCCUCCUCGAACCCCAUCACUCCCAGCACCACGAAUGGAUCAACCGCGAGCGAUCCGCAAGGCAUAGUCGCCUCCGAGCAGAUGGCAACGGCCACCGCAGCACCCGCCAAGCCUGGUAUCCUCAUCCUAACGCUACAUGAGGGUCGAGGAUUCAGCCUGCCGCCAGGCGCCGAGCAAGCAUUUGCAAGACCUGGACAUGGCGGCAGUAUGAGCACUGGAUCGUUCUCGGGUAGCUACAUGGGCGGAAAUAGCGCACGACCAGGUUCGAGUGCGGCACAAGGUGGAUUCAGACCGGUCUCUGCCAGCGGCGGCGGUGGGAUCAACAAUGCGCCCUCGACUCACGGGCGAUACAGCAGCAAAUACUUGCCGUAUGCUUUGGUGGACUUUGACAAGCAACAGGUGUUCGUGAACUCAGUGUCCGGCACACCAGAGAACCCUAUCUGGGCUGGAGAGAGCACGCAGUAUAAGUUCGACGUUAGCAGAUCAACAGAGCUCAACCUGUCUCUGUACAUUCGCAAUCCGUCAGCUCCGCCAAAUGCCGGCAGGCAGCAAGACAUCUUCAUCGGCACGUGUCGCAUCACACCGACAUUCUCAGAAGAUGCGCAGUCCGGUGCAGCGCAACAACCACCAUCAAGCUCAGAUGGAAAGAGCGGAAAGAAGGACAAGAGCAUGCCCCCGGCGUCAUCUUCAAAUGGUGGCAAUGUGUCGGGCGUGCAAUGGCAUGAGGUACAGUACGGGACUGGAUCGAUCCGGAUAGGGGUCAAGUUCGUGGAGAACAGGCAACGAUCGCUCAAGGUUGAGGAUUUCGAGCUCCUAAAGGUAGUCGGCAAGGGCAGCUUCGGUAAGGUCAUGCAGGUCAUGAAGAAGGACACCUCCCGAAUCUACGCCCUCAAGACCAUCCGCAAGCAGCACAUCAUCUCGAGGUCCGAAGUGGCCCACACGCUAGCCGAGCGCUCGGUGCUGGCGCAGAUUAACAAUCCCUUCAUUGUGCCACUCAAGUUCUCCUUCCAAUCACCCGACAAGCUUUACCUGGUUCUGGCGUUCGUCAACGGAGGAGAGCUGUUCCACCAUCUGCAGAAGGAGCAGAGAUUCGAUAUCAACCGAUCGCGAUUCUACGCUGCAGAGCUGCUAUGCGCUCUGGAGUGCUUGCACGGCUUCGGCGUCAUCUACCGCGAUCUCAAGCCAGAGAACAUCCUCGUUGACUACGUUGGCCACAUCGCACUCUGCGAUUUCGGUCUCUGCAAGCUGGACAUGAAGGAUGAGGACAAGACCAACACUUUCUGCGGAACUCCAGAGUACCUUGCACCCGAGUUGCUGCACGGUCAAGGCUACACCAAGGCAGUUGAUUGGUGGACGCUGGGCGUCCUCCUUUACGAGAUGCUUACUGGCCUGCCACCUUUCUACGACGAGAACACCAACGAGAUGUACCGCAAGAUCUUGUCGGAGCCACUGCACUUCCCGGGUCCAGAGAUCGUUCCUCCUGCCGCCAGAGAUCUGCUUAGCAAGCUUCUGGACAGAGACGCGACUCGACGACUUGGCACCAACGGUGCUGCUGAGAUCAAGGCACAUCCCUUCUUCCACAGCAUCGAUUGGCGCAAGCUUCUCGACAGGAAGUACGAGCCAUCGUUCAAGCCAAGUGUCAUCGACGAGCGCGACACAGCCAACUUCGACAAGGAGUUCACCUCAGAAGCGCCUACCGAUUCCUAUGUUGACGGACCCAUGCUGUCCCAGACGAUGCAGCAGCAGUUUGCGGGUUGGAGUUACAAUCGCCCGGUGGAAGGACUGGGCGAUGCGGGUGGUUCGAUUACUCGGGGCAAUGCUUUCAGCCAACAAUAG